AUGGAAAACCCAACAAUUGAAGAAAUGGAUGAAAGCAUUCCAACAACUAAAAUACCAUCAACUGAAACCCCUCAAAUUGAAACAGAAGAAAACAAAGUAGAACAAGAAGGAGAAGAAGAAGAUGGUGGCGAAGAAAGUGGUGAUGAACAAGGAUCAGAAUCAGAUAGCUAUGGUUUUUCAGAAGCUGAGGAAGGUGAAGGUGUUCAAGUUGGUGAUGCUAUUGUAUCUGCUGAAGAUGCCAAAGAUAUUGUUAGAAGUGCAAGAGGUAAAGAAAAGGGCGCAGAUGUUUUAAUGGAACAAAAAGAUUAUUCAACUGCAUCAUUUUUAUAUGAGGAUGCAUUAAAAGAGUUAUGUGCUGUUUAUGGCGAACUUUCACCAAGAGUUGCAGAACUUUAUAUUAAAUAUGGUAAUAGUUUAAUUUCAGCUACCAAGCAAGAAGAAAUCGAUAAUUUCAAGAAUGCUUUAAGCAAAACUUUAAUGGAGAACCCAGAUUUCGCCAAUGGCAAUAUCCCAUCAACUCAAAAUAGCACCACCACUACAACAAACACCACCACUACCACCACUACCACCACUACAACAAACACAGCAGCUUCAGAUAAAAACACACCAGAUAGAAAUGCAGAAAAACUAAUUGAAGAAGCAGAAGAUUUAGAUGAAGAAGAUGGUGACAAUAAGAAACCAGAUUUAUCAUCAAAAGAAAAAACAGAAAAUGGUGAAGGCGAAGGUGAGGGUGAAGGUGAAGAGGAUGUCAGUGCCGUUCAAAUUGCCUAUGAAUCAUUUGAAACUGCUAGAAUUAUUUAUGAAAAAAUGGCAAAUAAACCACUUGAACUUUGCAAAGUUCAUUUAGUUUUAGGUGAUUUCUUUAUUGAUACAGAUCAAUUUGAAACCUCAAUUUCAGAAUAUGAAACCGCUUUUAAAAUUAUGGAAGAAUCUAGAUUAAACGACUAUAAAACCUUUGCAGAUAUCCACCACUCACUUGCAUGUGCAUACCACAUUUACCAUAAUAUGUCACUUGCCGAAAAAUAUUAUGGUUCAGCCAUCGAUUUCUUAAAUAAAGAGUUUAAACAAGUCCAAGAUCAAAUAGUCAGAGAGGAUAAUAAAGAAAAAGUUGAAGAACUUGAAAAGAGACUCCAAGAUAUUAAAUUAUUCAUUGCAGAUAUUAAUACCAAAUUAAUUGAAGUAACUCCAAUUGAUACCUCAAAAGAACCAGUACCAAAAGAGCUCCAACAAGAUGAACAACAACCAGUGUUUGCAACUAAAGCUGCUGCCACCCCAUCCAAUCCAACUACUCCUGUUAAAACAUUUGGCGUUUUAGGUAAAGCUGCCAGAAGAAGCACUCCACCACCAUCCCAAAACCCCUCUGCUACUAGUACCACUUCAGAACCACGUCCAAAAAGAAGACUUGAAGAUCUUAUGGGAGGCAUUCAACCAUCAUUCCCAAGCUCUUCAACUAAUACUACUGAAGAAAACAAUGAAAAAAAACAAAAAUUAUAA